AUGGCCGCCGUCAACAACAUGGAGGUGGACUACACCAUCAAGCCUCAGGCGCUUGCGCCAACCUCCUCCAGUGAGGAUUGGCCUCUUCUCUUGAAGAACUACGAGAAGUUGCUCGUUCGCACCGGUCACUUCACCCCUAUCCCUGCCGGUGCUUCUCCUCUGAAGCGUGACCUCAAGUCGUACAUCAGCUCUGGUGUCAUCAACCUGGACAAGCCCUCCAACCCCUCCUCCCACGAGGUUGUCGCGUGGAUGAAGCGCAUCCUCAGAGCCGACAAGACCGGUCACAGUGGUACUCUCGAUCCCAAGGUCACUGGCUGCUUGAUUGUCUGUAUUGACCGUGCCACCCGUCUGGUGAAGUCCCAGCAGGGUGCUGGUAAGGAGUAUGUCUGCGUUAUCCGUCUGCACGACAAGAUCCCCGGCGGCGAGGCCCAGUUCCGCCGUGCUCUCGAGACCCUCACUGGUGCGCUGUUCCAGCGUCCUCCCUUGAUCUCCGCCGUCAAGCGUCAGCUCCGUAUCCGAACCAUCCACGAGAGCAAGCUGUACGAGUUCGACAACGAGCGCCACCUUGGUGUCUUCUGGGUCAGCUGUGAGGCUGGUACCUACAUCCGUACCCUCUGUGUCCACCUGGGUCUGCUGCUCGGUGUCGGUGCCCACAUGCAGGAGCUGCGCCGUGUUCGCAGUGGUGCCAUGGACGAGGAGAAGGGCAUGGUCACCCUCCACGAUGUCCUCGAUGCUCAGUGGAUGUAUGACAACCAGCGUGAUGAGACUUAUCUGCGUCGGGUCAUCAAGCCCCUGGAGAGUCUGCUCACCACCUACAAGCGUAUUGUCGUCAAGGACAGCGCCGUCAACGCCGUCUGCUAUGGUGCCAAGCUUAUGAUUCCUGGUCUUUUGCGUUUCGAGUCCGGCAUUGAGGUCAACGAGGAGGUUGUCCUUAUGACCACCAAGGGUGAGGCCAUCGCCAUUGGUAUUGCCCAGAUGUCCACCGUUGAGCUCACCACCUGCGACCACGGUGUUGUUGCCAAGGUCAAGCGCUGCAUCAUGGAGCGUGACCUCUACCCCCGCCGCUGGGGCCUGGGUCCCACCGCCCUCGAGAAGAAGAAGCUCAAGUCUGCUGGCAAGUUGGACAAGUACGGCCGUGCCAACGAGGCCACCCCUGCCAAGUGGAAGAGCGAAUACACCGACUACAACGCUCCUCUGGAGGACGGUGAGCAGCCCGCCGCUGUUGUCGCUACCACCACCACCACCGUGGUCCCUGUCCCCGCACCUGCUGAGGAGGCCGAGUCUCCCGAAGCCGAGGAUGACGAUGAUGACAAGAAGAAGCGCAAGCGUCACGAUGGCGAGACUGCCGAGGAGAAGGCCGAGCGCAAGCGCAAGAAGAAGGAGAAGAAGGAAAAGAAGGAGCGCCGAAAGUCCAAGCAGGCCGAGGACAGCGAUGAUAGCGACUAG